AUGUCUCCGUUACUUGACGACAUGUAUAAUGAGACUGCACCCGCCUCAUCCUUUCAAGUAGCUGGAACAUCGUAUAGGAACGAGUAUUAUCUUGUGGAUGAGAUCUAUCCGGAGCGUGCUUGUUUUGUGAAGUCAUUGUCUUGUCCAAAUGAUUGCAAAAGGUUGAAGUUUAUGAGAGCUCAAGAGAAGGCGAGAAAGGAUGUUGAACGAACAUUUGGAGCUUUGAAAAAACACGAAGAAAAUGCAAUAUGCGAGUAUAACGAAAACGAGAUCAUUCCACCGACACAAGCUUUUGAGGUUGGAAGCGCGAAGUACAUGUCGAGGAGGGCAAUAGUUCAUGAUGUUGAGACGCAUCAUGUUCUUCGUAGGGACUUGACGGAACAUAUUUGGAACGGCAACCACAUCAAUCUUAAGUGGAACCGGUCGACGAUUUGGAAGGUCAAUUUUCCGAUAAAGAUGUUCUUUAGGUCUAUCUAA